CUUGAAUCUCGCAUCUUGAUGAUGAGCGCGAUGUUCCGCGGCCAGCGCGAGAUGUCGACAUGGCGGAUCGCCGCCGGACGCAUGCAGCGCAAAUGGGUCGGCAUGAAGCAGCGAACCACGUGGCACUUCAAGCAGCGCAAGAGCGGCGUCGUCUUCCAAGUCGACGGCAAGGACGCGCCUGGCGAGAUGCAUCUUCGCGGCAAGAACGUGCCGCUGGACGAUCUCUCCUUUUGCCACAACGUGCUCGCCAACGCGUCGCCCGAGACGCUCAAUGGCAUCCUCGGCGCCAUCUCGCCCGAAGGCUCGGACCGCUUCUGCACGACCAUGACGUGCUUCAUGUUCCACAACUGUGCGCCGCGCGUCCGCUCCAUGGUGCUCGACGUGCUCAGCAAGUCGCGGCUGCCCGACAUCUCGCUGGCGAACCGUGGCGUGAUCAUUCGAUCCAUCCAGCAGCAACUGCUCUCACCGCUCGUGCGCCAGAAGGCCGAGUACCAAACCGCAGCUUUUAACAUCCUCAAGGGCACGCACGGCGUCGAUCUCACGCUUCUCAAGGAAGACAUCAACGCCGAGAACUCGAUAAAUGCACUGCAAGAUGGGUUUCGCGGUGGCGACCUCUACCAACUCAUCUACGGCGCCAAGGACAUGACCCAGGUCGUCUCGGUCAUGCAGCACAUCGCCGUCGAGUCGCUCAAAGUGUCGAUGGCGCACAAGCACAAGCCGCUCGUCAAGAUCAUGAGCGAUAUCGACGAUACGCUCUUUGCAGGGUGGGCCGACCAACGGUAUCCUGCGCACGUGCUCUACCCUGGCGUCUCCCACCUCUACCGGUCCAUCGCGCACGGUGUCGACAAGGCACCGUCUGUGACCUUCCUCACGGCCCGGCCGCGCGGCUUCUUCAGCCUCGGACGCACGCUCACGGCUGACCACCUCGUAAGCCUCGGCAUGACCAACCCCACCGUGCUCAACGGGUCGGUGCAAGGCCUUGUGAGCAACGCUAAGAUCGCUGGCCUCAAGCUCCAGAACUUUGAGCGCUACGCAACGCUCUUUCCCGAGUACCAGUUUGUAUUUUUUGGCGACGCGGGCCAAGGCGACGCGCUCCUCGCAUCGCGGCUGCUGGAUCUGUACCCGGACAAGGUUCCCGCUGUCUUCAUCCACGACAUUGCGCCGCAGGAGCCGACGACGGGCGACGGCGGCGCCAAGGACGCCUACCGCGCGCAAGGCGUCGUGUUUUACGAGACGUACGCGGGCGCGGGUCUCGCAGCGUACGAGAAAGGACUUGUUUCCAAAGAAGCUUUGACGUCGCUCCUCGACGCUUGCACGUCCGAGCUCGACCAAGUCCCAUUCAUUGGCGCCCUAGGCCCCGAGAAGCGAGCGCGGCGCUUGGACGAACUCGAAAUUGACCGUCAAAAGAUCCAGCGGCUCUUAAGUUACUAA